AUGAAAGAUAUUUCUACGACUUCUUACCGGAGUUCUCGAAAUGCUGCAUAUCCUAAGAAACGGCCAUCACCUUCAGGUAUAUCGAAAUAUCACAAGACGUCCCCUCUCGGUCCUCCUCCUGUAACCCGCCGAACCCCUUAUUCUGCAAAGGCAGCACUGUUGCAACAGCGACAACGUCAAGCUCAAAUUACCGCUCUUCGCAGGCAAGGCAUUUUCCUGGAGGAGGAAUACCGGGAAGAUAUCUGCUUCUACAUGCACGAGAUGGAGCGAUACACCAUGUCAUCCUCACAGUCGAUGGAUCAGCAACCCGAAAUCCGAUGGCACAUGCGCCCGUGUCUCGUCGAUUUUCUUGUUGAGAUUCACUUUACCUUCCGACUUCGACCCGAGACAUUAUAUCUCACUCUCAAUAUUGUCGACCGUUACGUCUCUCGGCGAAUAGUGUACAUCAAACACUAUCAGCUCGUAGGCUGCGCAGCGUUGUGGAUUGCUGCCAAGUUCGAGGAUGCGAAGGAACGCGUUCCCACAGUCCAAGAGCUUGCACAGAUUUGUCGCGACACAUAUGACGAGUCCGCUUUCAUUCAAAUGGAAGGCCAUGUACUCCAGACCAUUCAAUGGACACUAGGCCAUCCGACUGCAGAAGCAUGGCUCAGACUGAUGUGCUGUGAGCCAUCUGUCGAGGAAGAAAGGGUCCAGCACGUUGCACGUUUCCUGAUGGAAAUCACUCUGUUUUACCGAGAGUUCAUCAAAUAUCCUCCCUCCUCGAUAGCACUCGGAGCACUCACGCUAGCUCUCUUCCUGUGCGGCAAACCACGUCGCAUCUUUGAAGAAACGGAAGAAUGUUUGGAAAUCGUCGAUUAUCUCGAUAAUCGCUUGGCUAAGCAUGUCAACGACCUUUCGGAGACGCUGGUAAAAAAGUACUCGUAUGCCUUCUACUCCAAGGCGGCAACAUUCGUUGUACAGUACUACCUCCAGGGUGGACGGUUCGUUCGGCAGUCUUUCAUUACUCUUCCAAUGACGCCCACUCGCCCAUCAACGUCUGGUGCCAGCACGCCUAUGAGCGCCACAACAUCCAUCUCUGAUCUAUCUGAUGAUUUCCCUCUCACUCCAACGAGUCCCUCGUCGUUCUCCCCCGAACCCUUCUCGAGCUCCUUCCUAUCAGAAGACGAUAAGGAAAAUUUACCAACAACGUUUGAACCUGUCAUCAAUAAACAGCGCACGGAGGUCCCGCCUGACCAUUUUUUGCCUCAUGACUUCGUUGCCUUUGGCCGUCCGGCCUUGCACCACUUGAAUGGCUCACCGCGAAUGACCGCCGUAUCAUAG